AUGUCCACCGCUCCGCGAACCGUGAACGCCUACGCCGCCUUCGACGCCAAGGGAGAAGUCAAGCCCUGGCAGUACCAGUCGCGACCACUCGGACCCGAGGACGUGGAGAUUAAAAUCUCCCACUCCGGCAUCUGCGGCUCUGACAUUUAUCCGAUGGAAGGCGGUUGGGGCCCCGCCGCCUACCCAUGCGUCGUUGGUCAUGAGAUCGUUGGCGAAGUGACCCUGGCCGGCUCGGACGUGAAGACGCUCAAGGUUGGCGACCGCAACCCCGAGAAGCCUUGCAGCGACUGUGCUGACAGUGAGGACGCAGUGUGCGACCACGCCGUGUACACGUAUGCGUCGACGUAUCCGGACGGCUCUCCGUCGUACGGCGGCUACGCAGACUACGUGCGCGUGGAUAACAACUACGCCUUCAAGUUGCCGGAGAACAUCCCGUCCGACGUCGCCGCCCCGCUCAUGUGCGCCGGCGCUACCGUCUUCACGCCGCUGAAGCAGGAAGGUGUGAAGGCCGGCGACCGUGUUGGUGUGGUCGGUAUUGGUGGCUUGGGACACCUCGCCAUCCAGUUCAUUCGCGCGCUCGGCGCCAUUCCGAUCGCUUUCUCUCGCUCUGCAAACAAGGAGCAAGAAAUCAGCGCACUCGGUGCAGAGGAGUUCUACAACCUGAGCGAUGAGGCGGACCAGAAGAAGGCGGCCAACUCCAUCGACUACUUGGUGCUGACCGCUGACGCCAACAACAUGCCGUACAAUCUGUACCUGAGCCUCGUCCGCAAGCGCGGCACCUUUAUCAUGGUCGGCCUCCCCAACGACGAUGUCAAGUUCAGCCCGUUCUUCAUCGUGCCGCGCGCAGUGCGCGUACGUGGUAGCUGCAUCGGCAGCAUCCAGGACAUCAAGGACAUGUUGGAGCUGGCGUCGAAGAAGAACGUGCGACCGAUUAUCCAGAAGUUGCCAAUGUCGAAGGUGAACGAAGGACUGGACAUGGUGCGCGAGGGGCGUGUGCGCUACCGCGUCGUGCUUGAGAACUAG